UAUUUAUUCUUAACCUUCCCAUGAAAUGGGGGAGUAAUCUAUCUGGACGUUUUUGUUGAUUCAGUGCUGUCCUCACCACUUUCAGCACCACUUUCGACCACGUUUUCUGAACAUUUUCGAGGUCCCUGACAUUGCGACGGUUUGUUCGUUGAUCUCUUCCCUUUAAGCCGCAAUGUCACACCGCAGCAACCCUAGACCGGACGAAUCCUCAAUGAUGAGUUCCUCGUCGACUGCUGACUGGAGUUCUACGUUCCGUAAUCCAGCUACUCAUCUUCAGCUACUUCAGUCUGAUAUUGAUUAUUUUCAUGACCUGAAACUUAGCGCAAGCGCGGAUGAGGAGAAUCUGCGAGAGCAUUUGAAUCUGAUGCAUUCUCAAAUGGCAAAAGACGAAGGGGAACUAGAUGUUUUGCUUGACCGUGUGACGGAGAUCAAGCGAACAAUUAAGGAGCUGCGCGCAUCAAUCAACCACCUUAGCACUUUGCGAGAGGGACGCAAACGGGAGCUGGACAAAAAACAAGAACUGAACGCGACCCCGAAAGAGACUGAUACAUUUUCCGACGAAUAUCUCUCGUCCAAUUUGACACAUCUUAGCGAGACGGUGGGACAACUCGAGCGAGUGUUUGGCAUGCGUCUCCAACGUACCACGUCCAAUUCCCUUCAGCUGUUGUUCUAUGGCUGUUCCGGACCAGCUGCUCCGGAUAUUGUGUGUUCGUGCCAGUUACGUUACAACAAAAUCGGUCGAUACGAGCCUGUCAAGUGCAAUCCGCCCGUGCCUGAUUUCGAACGCUUGGUCAAUCAUUUGAAUUUGACGUCGGAUAUGCGAAAUUUCGUCAUCCUACUACGCCAUCGAUUUCGUCGCUAUUUCGAGUUGGCGGCGGCCGUGUCGAACAAAGUAGACUGAUUGACUGACACUGUCCACGGCUCUAAUUGAUACUUGCAUUUUAUUUCUCAUCCAGAUAAUCUGUUCCCACUCUGGUUCUGUCUUCCAAUCGUGUUGCCUUUCUUUUAUUGUCAUUUAUCUGUCCGAAUAUAUGCAUAGUUCCG